AUGUAUAAUUGGCUGUUGCCUCGAACAAUAUUUACCAGUCAGCGUAAAAAUUCACUAGAACAUGAAUUCAAUUCGUACAGCACUAAUACAAAUACACAUGCCACGUGGGUGUGCACCGUAUGCUUCGACCGCAGCUGCAAAAAAACAGGAAAGAAAGUAAUUAGUAAUACAAAAAAUCGGUUUUUGGGUUGGAUCGGACUACGAUACAUCAAAUACAAACGGCCGAAGGAAAUCAGACGAAUAACGGAAAAGCAUUUAGAACCUCCUUCUACACACGAACGGUUAACAAUACAGACAUUUGAUGACACCGAAAGUUUUACACUAACGUAUACAGUAUACGAACUUUUUUAA